AUGGAUUGUAGAACACCCAGACACCGAACUGCAUGUGAUGCAUGCAAACGAAUGAAGAUCAGAUGCGAAUGGGACCAGGAAGGAAAAUGCAAUCGCUGCCAUAGACGAGAGAUAGAGUGCACAGUCACGACCAAGGAGCGGAAAAAGAGAGAGAGAAAGAAGGGUAAUCAUAUCUCUCUCUUAGAAGAUAGGCUGAAACGUAUGGAGCAUGCUAUGACAACUUCAGGGCUCAGUAUCGAUGCCUCUGGCUUUGAAAGACAGACAUCAGAGGAGAUAACCGAUCAAGCCGGGAUUGAAAAUUUUAGGGGUGCUGCUUCUGGAUUUUCCAUGCUUUCACCAGAAGGCCUUCAACUUAUCACCAGAAUGACUGGGAAUAACGAUUUUGCAAAUUUCAUGGCUUCUACAAACUAUACAACAAUGAAUCAAUACUCCGUCUCCUCAUCAAUAUGGCAUACGAUGCCUGAUGAUGAACACAAAUCGCUUCCACCCAAGGAGGUUGCAGAUAAGAUUUUGGAAUUUAUUUUUGAUAGAAUGAUGAUCUCAUGGCCCCUAUUUGAGCGAAAGACUUUCAUGGAACGUUACUCACGCCAAUAUCCGGUCAAAUGUUCAGAAGAUCCUGCUUGGUAUGCAUGCCUCAAUGUCUGCUUUGCUCUUGCUGCGAUCAUGCGCAAAGAAGAAUUGCCUGGAAAUUCACCUCCAACACCUCAAAAUGCAAAGUCUCCUGGUCAUGGAGAACCGGAAAACCUGACUUGGUGGAGAUGGCUUCGGAACGCAGCUAGUACUUUUGUUGAUUUGCAAUUUGGACCACCUUCUCUCACGGCUGUACAGGCAAUGGCUGGACUAGCAUUCAUUCUAGACACACUGUCAGAUCCGUAUCCAUCUUCUGUUGUAUCUGCAGCAGCGCUUCGACUUGCACAAACCAUUGGCCUCCAUCGUAACAUGUCCAAUUCCGGUCUUGAUGAGGCUGAAAUAGAGCAAAGACGCAACGUUUUCUGGAUUGCUGUCAUGAUUGAACGUGGCAUAGUGAUUCGUCAAGGUCGCCCAUCAGUAAUUCAUGAUGAAGAUAUUGGGGUUGACUUACCACCUGCAAGUCAAUAUCCGAAGAACGCCGACGGAAGAUUUGUUACAUUCCGGCAUAAUGCUACUUUAUCGUUACUUCAAGGUCGAAUAUACAAUAGACUAUACUCUGCAGAAUCGUUUACAAAAUCCAAAACGGAGAGACUGAAAAUGGUUGGAAUGCUGGAUGAUGAACUUCAGCAAUGGUGUGAGACGAUUCCAAUUGAAGUUCGACCGGGUAACCCUAUAAGAUGCGACGAACAUCAUAUAGUCUCAGUUGUUUGUAUGCAAUGGGGUUAUUACCAGUGUCUUAGUACCAUUCACCGAGCAUCAUUAUAUAGUGGCCCAGGCUCCUUGGAUGAUGAUGGCGAUAAAUCCAAAGAUGACUUCGACUCUAAAUUAAAUCCACGAGUAUAUGCCAGCGCUGCGAUAUGUGUCAAUGCAGCAAGGAGGACGAUCAAUCUAUUGGAGGAUUGUACAAAACUCUCAAAUCCUAUUGAAGGAAAUGUUCUACGCAUGUCUAUUUACAAUGCACUUGCAGCAUGUGUUACUCUUUUUGCAAAUAUUCUUCAACAUCCUCUUGAUCCACAAGUACAGUCUGAUCUUCAAUUAAUGAAUGAUGUAGUGUCAUUUCUGUCCAGCUUUGAAGAUCAAGGUGCAGCGGAGAGUCACCCAUUAAUACCGAUUUUUCAAGAAAUCAACCGUGUCGCUAUGGAACAUGUUAACAAGGCACAACGUAGAGCUCCGAAAAACACUAAGAGAUCACGAGCUAAAUGCAGUAAUACUGAGGAACCGAAUACAGAAAGUGAUGACUCGGAUGAUGAGGAUUACAGAACAGAGGAGUUAGAAAGUCGCAAGACAGUCUCUGAGAUUCAAGAUCCACGAUCUCCGACAUCACCUGUAAAUUCGGCAAAUAUUCAAGCUUCUCCUUUUUCUCCAGCACAAGCACCACGGUCCAAUAUUCCAACACGCAUACACUCAUUCGAAUCCAACUCAACGAAUUAUAUACCAGAGCGUAUUCCUACAUCUAUACAACAAAAUUACAUUAUACAGCAAGCGGCACAAAUUCCCCAACAGUCUCCUCCAUUUUAUGAAUCAAGUCCUCGUGUACAGCUCAUUACCAAUCUUUCCGAUCUCGACCAGCAGCAACAACACAUCAAUUCUUUAGAUUACCAUGAUUCACCUAUAGAUCCUCGACUCCAAUCUCAAUCUUACCCUUCACAAGCUUACACACAUACAUCCCAUCCCGCCACUGGAUACUACUUUUCAUCUUCAGAUCAACAUCAACAUCAGCAUCAACAAAAUAUCAGUUCGCAUCACUCGGAAACAUAUACAAAUACAUUGAGCAACCCACACGCCAGUCCGCAAGAUCUGGUUUGUCAAGAGGAAGAAACUCUGCUUCAGCAAGAUGGGAGUUGGUUUUUUCCGAUGAUUAGUCCGUGGCCUUAUGGGGAUGGAUCGAAUGUUAAUUUGAACGGGGUUGGUGCAGCGAUGGGGGGCGUGGGUGAAAAUGAAGGAGGGGCGUGGAGACAUGGUGAGAAUGAUAGGGAGGGAGAUGGAUUGGGGGGUUGGAGUGGUCGUGGGUGA